GGCCAGGCAGAGCGGGGGCGGCGCGGGGGGAGCGGGAGUUUGCGGCCUUGCGGCGGGGAAGGCGCGGCGCGGCGCGGCAUGGAGCUGUCCCAGCUGCUGUGCGCGGCCUCCGCGGCGCUGCUCCUGCUGCGGUUGCCGCUGCGCGCCCGGGCCGACGAGCACGAGCACACGUACCAAGAUAAAGAAGAAGUUGUUUUGUGGAUGAAUACAGUAGGACCGUACCACAAUCGCCAAGAGACAUACAAAUACUUCUCUCUUCCCUUCUGUGUGGGAUCAAAAAAAAGCAUCAGCCAUUACCAUGAAACACUAGGAGAAGCACUUCAAGGAGUUGAACUGGAGUUUAGUGGUCUGGACAUUAAAUUUAAAGAUGAUGUAAUGCAGACGACAUACUGUGAAAUUGACUUGGACAAAGCAAAGAGAGAUGCAUUUGUGUAUGCUAUCAAGAAUCACUAUUGGUACCAGAUGUAUAUUGAUGACUUGCCAAUAUGGGGUAUUGUCGGCGAAGCAGAUGAAAACGGGGAAGACUAUUAUCUUUGGACCUAUAAAAAACUUGAAAUUGGUUACAAUGGAAAUAGAAUUGUGGAUGUGAAUCUGACUAGUGAAGGAAAGGUCAAAUUGGUACCAAAUACCAAGAUCCAAAUGUCUUACUCAGUGAAAUGGAAAAAGUCAGAUGUCAAGUUUGAAGACCGAUUUGAUAAGUACCUCGAUCCAUCUUUCUUUCAGCACAGAAUUCAUUGGUUUUCAAUCUUCAAUUCUUUCAUGAUGGUCAUCUUCCUGGUGGGCUUAGUAUCCAUGAUAUUAAUGAGAACGCUGCGCAAAGAUUAUGCUCGAUAUAGCAAAGAAGAAGAAAUGGAUGAUAUGGACAGAGACCUAGGUGAUGAAUAUGGAUGGAAGCAGGUCCACGGAGAUGUUUUUAGACCAUCCAGUCAUCCUUUGAUAUUUUCAUCACUUAUUGGCUCUGGUUGCCAAAUCUUUGCAGUCUCUCUCAUAGUCAUUGUUGUUGCAAUGAUAGAGGAUUUGUACACAGAGAGAGGAUCAAUGCUUAGUACAGCUAUAUUUGUUUAUGCUGCAACAUCUCCAGUGAAUGGAUAUUUUGGAGGAAGCCUUUAUGCUAGACAAGGAGGAAGGAGAUGGAUAAAGCAAAUGUUCAUUGGGGCUUUCCUUAUCCCAGCCAUGGUAUGUGGCACUGCCUUCUUCAUUAACUUCAUUGCCAUCUAUUAUCAUGCUUCAAGAGCUAUUCCCUUUGGAACAAUGGUGGCUGUAUGCUGUAUCUGUUUCUUUGUCAUUCUUCCAUUGAACCUUGUUGGUACAAUUCUUGGUCGAAAUCUGUCAGGCCAGCCCAACUUUCCUUGUCGUGUUAAUGCUGUGCCUCGUCCAAUACCGGAGAAGAAAUGGUUUAUGGAACCAGCUGUUAUUGUUUGCCUAGGUGGCAUCCUCCCUUUUGGAUCAAUUUUCAUUGAAAUGUAUUUCAUUUUCACAUCAUUUUGGGCUUACAAGAUCUACUAUGUUUACGGCUUCAUGAUGUUGGUGUUGGUUAUUCUCUGCAUUGUGACAGUCUGCGUGACUAUUGUAUGCACCUACUUCCUGCUAAAUGCAGAGGAUUAUAGGUGGCAGUGGACAAGCUUUCUUUCUGCUGCAUCAACGGCAAUCUAUGUUUACAUGUAUUCCUUUUACUACUACUUUUUCAAGACAAAGAUGUAUGGCUUAUUUCAAACAUCAUUUUACUUUGGUUAUAUGGCGGUAUUUAGCACAGCCUUGGGGAUAAUGUGUGGAGCUAUUGGUUACAUGGGAACAAGUGCCUUUGUUCGUAAAAUCUACACUAAUGUGAAAAUUGACUAAGGAAAUAAGAAAAUUGAACUAUGGAUCAGUUACUGUUUUCACGGGAAUGGACUUGCACAGCAACAAGCGCAAGAAGAGAUUUGGGUUUUAACACUGGGCACUGUAUGGGUCUCCGUUCUGUGGAUGGCUUAAAGUAACAUCUAUUUUCAUUGAUCCUAGGUUCUUACUGACUGCUUUCUCCAACUGUUCACAGCAAAUGCUUGGAUUAUAUGCAGUAGACAUUACUACAGUACAUGGCUAAUCUUCCCAAAAAAAAAAAAAAAACUAGCUCAUUAAAGAUGAAUAGACUAGCUCUCUUCAGUGAAGAGGACAAACGGUUUAUUUAAAGCAUUUGUUCCAUUCAGUAAAAAGAGGGAAACUUGGUUGCUAAAACUAUGAUUAGUAGUCUUCCUGGUACUUAACAUUUCUAAAUUAUCUAAAAAUGCUGUUCCAGAAAGAUUACUUUUCAGAUUUUUACUGCCAUUUUCAGGAUAGAGGUAUGUUUUAUAUUUUGACUCUGGGUGCUUUUUUGGUUCAUUUGCAAUAUCAACUAUACCUACACCCAUUUGUUUAAAAAAAUUAAAAAUAUUAAAAAAACUGCAUGUAAUAUAUCAGCUAUCAUUCUAGUUGGACCAACUUCCCUUUUAUUUAUCUCUAAAAUAAUAUUCAGCUACAUCUUAAAUCCAUCCAAAGAAAAUAAGGCUGAAGACAGAGGUGUGUUCUCUGCAAUGCAAUUUACUGUACAGUUAGAAAGCAACAUGUUAAAUGAAGAGGAUACUGUUUGUUUUUAAUAAACAUUUCGAGGUCUAGAUUAAAACAAAACCAAUAUUUUAACUGAAUGUCUAAAGUGAUUCUCCUUUUUUCCAAGUUAGUCUUAUUUUUUUGUUUGGGUUUGAAUGAAGGGUUUUCCUUAAAACGUUAUUAAAGGGGUAAUAAGUGUAUAUAACAUUAAAUAAUGUAACUUAGGUGUAGAUCCCAAAUGUAUUUGGAUGUACAGAUUUACUACAGAGUACUUUUCUGAUGAUUCGGUGUACAAAUGUGUGAAUUUGGGUGGCUUUUUACAUCUUGCCUGCCAUUGCAUGAAACGUUGGGGUUCCUUCACAAUGUGUGUGUCAUGCUUUCUGUUCUGUUUCCUUUCUGAAGCUCUUACAGGAGUUAAAUUUGUAAUUUAGAACAUUUUAAUUUUUUGUUUAUUUGAUCUGGACACUGAUAUAACACCAAAAGCACAGCUGCUUUGGGGUGUUCAGAAAACUAAAAUAAACUUUUCAGACAAAAAUAUUCUGAUUGUGAAAAUAGAUGAGUUUGCAGUUGAAAAUGUCUGUUUAAAAAGGCAAUGCUACUGAAUGCCAGUGUCUGUGUACAGUAUUACUGUGCUUUUCAAAUAUCAAAAACCCAUGCUUCACAGUCAAAGAAUUUGCUUGCAUCUGGAUUAUACAGUCCAGUUCCAAAAUGGAUGGUCAGUCUAGAAAGGUCCUCCUUGGCUGGACUGUCGAUAGGGAAAUCUGUUUAUUGAUCCAGCAAGCGUACUUGGAAGAUGGAGAGAUGAGAAGACAACUAAUAUAAAUGAGCAAAUAAAGGUUAAGAUUGUCUAAGACAAACGAGUGUUAAUUGUGCAGUGUACUUAGCUAGGAGGAGUCUCAAUGUGUUAAGUCUCUCAUGGAAACAGAUUUAAGACUUUAAGGGGCAAUCAGCUUGGGAAUUUUGACACCUGCUAUAUAGGGAAGUUUUCAUAAACCUGUUUGGAUCAGAGUAUCUUCCCCCAGAAAAUGCAACUUACUAAAUAAAAAAAAAAAUUAUAAGCAGCAGUAUUUGCAUUAAUGAACCCUAUAUUUAUCUAUCUAAAAAUCAUACCAAUGUUGUACAGGGGUGUGAAAUACAUUUCUGCUUCUUGAAGAGGGAGACAGGCACUCAUAAGGGAUUGUGUUGUUUUGAGGUGUUUUUGGAAAAUUUUGCAUUCUGUUUGUAUAUAUAAUGUAAAGUAUGUGACCUUAAAAUGAGUGGAACAAAAUAAUUCUUCUGAAUGGGGAAAAUGCAACCAAAUCUACAGGUGGAAGAGAUCAAAAUCCUGCAUAUUCACUUGAAAUUUUACUCAAUAAAUGUGUAUUGUGUAUACACGCGCUCUGAUAUUUUUUGGCCAUUUUAACUGAUCUUUGCAGGAAAAGAAUUAAGUUAUAUUUCAAGUGAAUUGUCAGUUUUCCUAGAUGAGCAUAUUACAGUUUGACACAAGAUACUUCUCAUUUAAAAGUACAGACCAACUAUAAUGGGAGCAUAAUGUGUUCAACAGUUAUUUCCGCCUUUGUCUGACAAUAAUGUAGGAUUUAUACAGAGUGGGUUUUGUACUUGUUCCCAUUAGUAAUUUUGCUAGUGCAUACAACUCUCUGAAGCCUUCUGCUGUAUAUUCUAAACUUAAAUAAGAAACCAGUAUUUCCACCUGAUAAAUACAUUUAGUACUAUGAGAUGCAAAAUUUUCAAAGGGAUAUUUUGAUAAUGGAUCUGUAUCUGUGAUUAGUUUAUCAAAAUGUCACAAAACCUUUUGUAAAUUUCAUUUAACCAGUUUUGUACCUGGAUUUUUUAAUGCUGCAGACUUGUGGUACAUAUUUCCUUUCUGUGUUUUCUGGCAUCAUCAGUGUAGAUAUUUUUUGUACUUCUGCAGUUUCAUGGGAAUUGCCCCCUUCCACCACCGCUUCUAUACAAGUGUAAAGUAGAAGUUAUUUUGAAUGCCUCGUCUUUGUCAUGGUGGUUGACAGGUGCUACCAUAUUUUUCCGCUUACAUCAUAUCCCCAUAUAUAAUACCUUGUUUAUUAAGACAUAGGGUGAAGAAAAAAUUAUUUUUCCUCAAAGAAACAAAGUACAUUUUGGUCUCUCUUUAUGCAAAUUCAUUUUGUGCAAAUUCACUUAUAUGCAAUGACUUAUUUAUACCAGAAAUUCACUUUGUGCGAGAAAAAUUUGAUAUUAUGUGAAGAGGCAUGCAACGCAGCUAUACAUGUAAUAUUGGAUUCACUUUAUGCAAGGUUUUUUUGGAAUGCAGUCCUCGCGUAAAGAGAGAACUGUGUGUUGCAGCAGCUAGGAAACUGAGCCUGCUCCUGAAUCUGCACUAGCCCUUGUGCCAAAUGAGGUCUGUGGACAGACCCAGUUCACCACAUCUGACCUGGUGUGCUGAGUUCAACCUGGCACACUGGGUCAGGAGCCAUGUGUCAGCUCUGACCCUGCAUGUGGGGCCAUGUUACCUAGCCACGGGGGCUCCCCAUGGGUCUGGAUAUUUGGCAGCAGGGGAGUGGUGGCAGUGUUAAUUGCCAUGGCUCCUAGAGCAGCAGCAAUUAACACUGCUGCUGCUUCCCUCGCCACCAAAUUUCCAAAUCAAUGGGGAUCAGGUUUUCUCGCAUUUAAUGUGCACCCCAGGUUUCACAAAUUGGUUCUGGUUGAAAAGGGUGCAGGUUAUAUUUGAGAAAAUGCGGUCUUUCCUAGCCAGCUUACACAACAUCUUGAGUAAUAGGAUGUAGAACCUUUCUGCUUAGAGAGUGUCUUCUUUUUUUGUACAAGAAAUACACAUCUUGCACCUACCACUUCUCCCAUAGUCACUUGUCAGGAGUUUCCUUGAAUUAGAUUUGUUUAAGCCAUCUGUUAAUUUUAGUGUUUGAUUGUACAGCACUUUUUUCCCAUUUUGUUACAGAUGACAUGUGAAUUCACUAAAUGAAGGGAUAGCCAGUCUUGGCCAAAUGUUUUAGAUUAAUACAAACCUGGAUGGUUUGAAUUUAGAUAGGAAUGUGAACAGAAUGCAGCUGUAAUACUUUGUUUACAAGAAAAUGGAGAAUGCUUAGCAAGAGAAUGAAUUAGGAAUGAUCCUCUCAAGGAGUAUGUCAUUCUUCAGGUGGAUAAAGUAUGCAUGAAACUUGAGAUUACUGUUACUACACUUGAAAUUAUUUGAAUUUAUGGUUGCAGAAGUGACUAAUAUUAAUGGUACUUUCCUGAAAGCUUUUUUCUCUGUUCAGGAGCAUCUCAUUUUUGGUGGCAGAUUUACAUUCUACUGUUCUUAUCAGCACUGUAGAGGUACAAAAUAAUGAAAAUGAACUAGGUUCCAGUCUGGUUGUGUUAUUAACAGUAUCAUUAGCCUGAGUUCAUAACUGCAGGGUCAAUGUGAUGGGGUAGUAUGCAUAUAACUGAGGUCAGCAUUUGUUCUUCUAGAACUUGCUGUUAUGGUGUAUAAGCCAGAAUAAACCAAGCUAUUUUUUCACCCCUCCAGGGGCAAGGAUUGUAGCCAGAGGAAAUUAAUGAAGAUUUAAGUACACCUGAGCUCAAGUCAGUUCUCUUUCUGACUAGCUUCUUAAGGAAUUCCUGCCAAUAUUCUGUGGUUCAGUGAUAAGAUCUGUAGAAUAGACAAGGAACUUAAGCUAGAGCCAUUUUUUAUUAUUAAGCUAAACUUGCUACGGUAGGAUUUUCAUCACUGCUACUGAUUCAGCUGAACCAGAAGGGGUAUCAGAUAGGCCUGUGCGAAGCUGCUAGUAUUCGCUUUGGAUUCAGACAAUUCAGGGGGGGGCAGUGAUUCGAUUUGGUGAUUCAAAUCAUCGUCCUGAUUCGAUUCGGCCAAAUCUGAUUUGGAGAUUCGGCUCCUGCCGAAUCUCUGAAUCAGCCAGGCCAGGCCCAUCCCCUGCCCCUCUCCUAGCUGGGCAAUGGCUGCCCUGCCUGCCCCAGCUCCCAGCACUUACGUAAAAAACAAAAAAAACCCCAACUCAGCAGGUGCUGCCAGGCGGGGGGCGAUCCCCACGCUGUGUGAGGGGCUCUGCACGAGCCCCCUGACCCCCACCUCCCUCCCCCCAGCCCCCCCACGGCUGCCCUGCCCAGGCCAGCUCCUGCCCUUUAAGGAGAAAAAAACCCCAACCUCCCCCCCCCCCCCGAUUGUCCCCUGCUCCUGCUGUUGGGGGACAAUCCCUGCUGCUCCCCAUUGCCCCACACCACGUGCACGGGACUCUGCACAAGCCCCUCCCAAGGCCCCGAGGCUGCCACAGGAGCAGCGAGUCCUGGAGCUUUUCUCAGCUUUUUUUUUUUUUUCUUAAAGUGCUGGAGCUGGCCCCCCAUACAGUGGGGGGCAGCAGGGAUUCCCCCACCCAGCAUCACCCAGUGAGCACUUGGGCUUUUUUUUAAAGUACUGAGCUGGGAGGGGUGGGGGCAGCCAUGGGGGGUGGGGCUGGCAGGGGUCCCCCCAUGGUACUUACCAGCUCAGAGUCUGACUGCAGCUCCCUGCUGUGGCCACUGGGGACUGCCCAAAUCAUCAAAGAUCUCUGAAUCUUUUCUGAAGAUUUGGAGACCUUAGAAUCAAUUCGGACCUUUAAAUUGGUCCCCUGAUUCGAUUCGGAUUCAGAGAUUCAGCCACCAAAUCAGGCCAGAUCUCCUCUGAAUUGAAUCACUACCUGAAGCUUUGCACAGCCCUAGUAUCAGAGAAACAUUUUCCUAACAUAGUGCUUGAAGCAUGAACAUCAUGCCACUGCUGGUCACUGAAAGUGGACCUGCACUUCAUCUUUAACACUUUUGAGUUUUGAAGUAAACCAUCUUCAUCCUUUGGGUAGCUCUUCUCCAAAAAGCUUUUCAGUUUCUGCACUUUUCCCAGCAUAGGAGUGUAGAUAUGUCUUUCUGCACUGAACUCAUUCACUUCCAGAGGAAACAUGCAUUAAAAAAAUUGGGCACCUUUUCUGGGAAGGAGCAUGUAAAACCUAGAAUAAACAUUAGCAAGGUAUUGCACCUGAAUGAGUUAUUUCAUAGAAUCAUAGAAAAAUAGGGCUGGAAGGUGACCUCAGGAGGUCAUCUAGUCCAGUCUUCUGCUCAAAGCAGGGCCUCUACUCCCAACUAUAUCGUACAACUGUAUACAAGCCAGUGGUGCUCGACCUCCAGCACACAAGCCAGAUCUGGUCUAUGGAACCAUGUCAUCUGACCUGCAGAGCUCCCUCCUGGGUCCAAAAAUGUGGUGGCGGGGGAACAGUAAAAUUAACACUUCCACUGCCCCCCCCUCCCCUCCCCCCUCCCAAAAUUUCCAAUCCCUGUGUGCCAGGUGACAUGACUGUAUGGGCCAGAUGGGGCCCUGGCCCACUCGUGUGGCCCAUGGGGCUAAAAGGUUGAGCACCAUUGAAUAGGCCUUGGGUUCUCAACCUGGGCUUCCUUUUUUAUGAUGGCUGGAAUUUAUUUUAAUUUUUUUCUCUACUUGUAAAGUGAGAUUCUGGGACUGGAAAAAGUUGAGAACUUGCAGGUUUAAGCGAUUGCAAGUUUUGCAGUAACUUGUGAAAUGAUGGUAGAGUGUUCUGAUCAACUUGAAUGGUUCCAAUUAUGCACACACAAGUCUAAACCAUUCUAAAGAACAGAAACCCACAUUGGGAGAGGACAAGAAAAACAGCCUUGCUCUUCUGGAGAGGUAGGAUUGUUUAGUUGUCCAUGUUGAAUUAGUCUGCUGGAUGCCAAUUUGUCUUUAGUAUUUAAAAGAUUUCUAUUUUAAAGGGCUUUUUAGUCUCCACAUACUAAGAAUGGUGUAACACUUGCAAAGGGGAAGGGUUCAUGUGUACCUAACGAAAGAGAAAUUGUUACUUUCUGGUAUUUGAUCUAAAAGCUCUUGUUUGUAGGAACUGUAGCUAACUAACCAGCUUUUGGGAGUACCAGCAAUGUAAAGACCACAUAUUGGAUAUCUAAUUAAGUUCUACUCCUCUGUAACUUACUUUUUAAAUAAAAAUGAUUUAUGCCAA